AGAGUACAUCUAUAUACAUAGUACGCACAUAACCUAUUUAAAUAUGAAUAUUGAUGUGAAUUAUGAAUUAACAAUGAUAUGUUACAUUAAUUAAAUAAUCAAAACGUCCAUGUAGCUAUAACAGAAUAUUAUUAAUAUUAUAAUUUAAUUAUUGUACCUACGUAUUUGACAAUUUCAAAUUGGGGUUAUUAUACCAACAUAGGUACCCAAGUUAGAGAAGUAUUAAUUUAAUAAACAAGCAUGGAAAAAUCUGUAGAUAUUGGUAUUUUAGAAGAGAAAAGUACUUGGUUAUUGCAUCCGAGAUUUUUUCCUAGCAAAGUCGGUGGAAAACCAGCAUGGUUAGAUUUAAAAAACUUGAUUUCAACUUCAGAUUUACUAUGCAAUAAAUGCAAUGAAGUUUUAGUGUUUUUGUGCCAAGUUUAUGCUCCAUUUGAAGAGUUAGAGUAUUGUUUUCACAGAUCAAUAUUUAUAUUUAUUUGCAAAAAUGGUUCAUGUUGUCAGUUAAACUCAUCCGAUAAUUUUAAAGUAUUUCGUUGUCAACUAUCAAGAAAAAAUGAAUUUUAUUCAUUUGAACCCUAUGAGGAAAAUGAAAAUGAGAACUUUUGUAUGGAAAAAUGGCCAAAACUGUGUUAUGUGUGUGGUAUAAAAGGUCCGUCUCAUUGUUCAAAGUGUAAAAAUGUUUAUUACUGCAGUAGGAAACACCAGGUUCUCCAUUGGCAGAAAGGUCAUAAAACAUUAUGUGACAAUCUCAAAAAGAUGGAUGACUCAAACUUUAAAGUGGCAGAUGCUGGUAAAGAUCUUCUUUUUAAAGAAUGGGAAAUUCUAGUUGAUGAGGAAGAUCCAGAGGAAGUGAAAAAUGUAGAUGUCAAUCAAGAAUUGGAUAAGUUAAGUAAAAUGACUCAAAACAAAAAGGCUGGUACAUUGAAUGACAUUAAUGAGGCAGAAUUAGAAGAGUACACCAGAAAUUUACCUGAAGAUAAAGUGUUUAAUAAAUUCAGUAAAAGAAUAGCUAGACAUCCAGACCAAGUACUCCGUUAUGAUAGAGGUGGUGAGCCACUGUGGAUAACAAGCAAUUCUAAAAGUAGUGUUCCUAAAUGCCAAUAUUGCCAGGGAGAAAGACAGUUUGAAUUCCAAAUAAUGCCUCAACUUCUUAACUUUAUAAAUGUGGGUAUUGAGUUGAACAGCAUAGACUGGGGUGUUCUGGCUAUAUAUACUUGCAAGAGGAGUUGUAAUGAGGGACCAGCUUAUAAAGAAGAAGUUUUAAUCAAACAAGAUCUAAGCAACUAAAACCUAAUUAAAUAUCUGUACAAUAAUGUAUUAUAAUGUAUAAAAAAUUAUAAAUUUU